AUUUACCUUCACACACGCCAGUCAUCCGACAGUGCUGUCCUGUUGAACAACGAAUCGUUGGAAGUUCUCCGUUUAUUCCUUAACUGUUCCUCACACACUGCGCUGUAAGUUCAGCUGUUUUUGUUUUGUUUAUGUCUGCAACGUGUGCUGACGUCACGCGGAUGUAAAAGUGAGCUAGCGUUUAGCCAAAAUCUACCUGAAGGCCUUCCUUUCAGUGCGGUGCUCCUGUGGAGUAAAGCACGGACACACACGGCGGCGGUACUCAUGGCUCAAGAGGAAAGCAAGCGACUGGUGGUGGUGGUCCCCAAUGAGACGUCAUUUCAAUCACGCCGUGUCUUCACCAAUGAAGAUGAAGCCUGGAGGGCCUACCUUGAGAACCCUCUGACUGCAGUCACCAAAGCCAUGAUGAGCAUCAAUGGAGACGAGGACAGUGUGGCAGCCCUCGGCCUCCUCUAUGACUACUACAAGGUUCCAAAAGAGAAGCGCCUCUUGCCUGUAGCUAAAGCUCCAGAGGAGGAAAAGAGGAUAUGGCAUGGGGCUGUGGAGUCCAUGGACGAGCGUGUUCAGGCUACCAAAUCUCUCCCAGUCAACCUUUCCAUCAAUGCAGACUCCCACAGUACAGAGAUGAAGCGAGAUUUAUACAGCACACUGCCAGCGGAGGGGGGGGUGGUGGCCAAUGUAAAGGCAGAGUAUACUCCAGGGUUAUCCACUUCUAGCCUCCAGCAAGAGUCACAUCACUACCAGCACUCUCCUUUUCAGCAGUCCGCUCUCGAGGCAAGGGCCAUUUCCCAUAGCCGUUACAUGAAAGAUGAGCAGAAGACCGUGCCGGACAGUACCUUUGAAGACUCUUACACUGGAGAGAAUGUGAAAUUUAGAGUGCCCACCUCUCUAGUGUCCCAAGACUCCCACUACGUGCAGCCUGCAGUAAACACAUUACAGUACAGUAUAGAAGCCAGCCGCUCUAUGCGGCAUAAGCAGGGCGAAGGGCCGAUGAUCUAUCUAAACAGAGGGCAGUUCUACGGCAUCACUCUGAGUGAGACAGGAGCCAGCAAGGACCCGCGCCUUCCCAUCAGUAAAGUGCGGAGUGUGGUCAUGGUGGUUUUUGGAGACGAGAAAUGUCGGGAUGAGCAGCUGAAGCACUGGAACUAUUGGCACACCCGUCAGCACACUGCUAAACAGAGAGUGCUGGACAUUGCUGAUUACAAAGAGAGUUUCAACACCAUUGGGAAUCUUGAGGAAAUUGCCUACAAUGCUGUGUCUUUCACCUGGGACAUUCACGAGGAGGCUAAGGUGUUUAUCACAGUGAACUGUCUGAGCACAGAUUUCUCCUCUCAGAAAGGAGUGAAAGGGCUUCCGCUGAUGAUUCAGAUUGACACUUACAGCUACAGUAACAGAAGCAACAGGCCCAUUCACAGAGCCUACUGCCAAAUUAAGGUCUUCUGUGACAAGGGAGCUGAGCGGAAGAUCCGGGAUGAGGAGAGAAAGCAAAUUCGGAAGAAAACGAAAGGUCAUACACCUGGAGGACAGGUUCAUGGUGACUUGGCAGGUAAAGCAGGAGGGCAUGGAGCAUUAAUGCAGAAAAAGCCAGAUAUCACGUUUUUCAAAUCCAUGAUGGAUCUGGAGUCUCAGCCUGUGCUUUUCAUCCCCGAUGUCCAUUUUAGUAACCUGCAGAGAGCUGCACAGAUGUUUGGCUUUGGUACUGAAGAAAUGGACAACGAUGUCAGCGUGAUGAUGAAGAGGCCCUUUAGACAGACAGAAGACGACCCCUGCCCUUCACCAGCCAAGCAGAGCAAAGGAGAUAUGCCAAGGAGAGUUCUGCUGUAUGUAAGGAAAGAAGCGGAUGAGGUUUUUGAUGCAUUAAUGCUGAAGUCUCCAAAAGUGAAAAGCUUGAUUGAGGCUAUAUCAGGCAAAUACUUGCUUCAAGCUGAGAAGAUAACUAAAAUCUACAAGAAAAGUAAAAAAGGGAUUCUUGUCAACAUGGAUGAUAACAUCAUUGAGCACUACUCCAAUGAGGACGCCUUCAUACUAAACAUUGACGCUCAGGCAGAAGGCUUCCAGGUCACACUCACUGAGAUAUAGUGACUGUUUUCUGAGGACUUCAUCAGCACGUUCAUAGACAUUGUUAUACCUGGAUUCUCUUAAAUCCAGUCCCAGUUUCAGUGCACACUUGCACACUUUCAGUCAGGGAAGAAUAGCUCAGAGUUCAGGUUUUGCAAUCAUCUUUAUUGAAAUGAACCUCCUUUGAAAUUGUAGGGUCUAGGGAUCUACACAUUCAGUCUUGGAGCGGAUUCUCCAGACAAAGUAUUGCAGUAACAAGGCUAGCCCCUAAGUACACUAGCGUGGGAUAAACACUGCUCUACUUUUGGUAUUUUGGCUCCCCCUCCUGGCCAAUAGUGGAACAGUGAGAACAAGGUUUGCAGCUAACCUGUGGUAUUACAUUCAGUGAUGUUAAAAGUAGUUUUUAUUCACUCCAAUCUUCAGCUUUUAAAUGCUGGUCACAGAAAGAACCAAAAGGAAAAACUGUCCAGCUUUUUUGAAAGGUAUGCACUGUGGUAGAAUAUGAAAUGAGAAGACAUAAACUGUUUUCUGUUCCAUUUUUUUUUCCUUUCCAGUAUAUUACAUUAGAGGUUAUACAUUAUUAGUGUAUAGCUUUUGUUUCAUGUACAUAUUUAAUGAUUUUUUUGUGUUUGUAUAUAUGUGUCUUUUUUAUGAAUUUAAUAAACAAUUAUGCAUAUUCUAAUGUAUUUUCCUCUGUCACACAUACACCAACAGAUAUACAGUAUACACUCAUACCUUCUUUGAGGCAUGUUUUACAUGAUAAUGACCAACAAAUUAAUUUUUCCCAUGAAUGUA